GCCAGUGUGCAGGGGAGGAGCCAGUACACCUGUGCAAGACUGGAGGGGAGGAGGCGGUACACCUGUGCAAGACUGGAGGGGAGGAGCCGGUACACCUGUGCAAGACUGAAGGGGAGGAGCCUGUACACCUGUGCAAGACUGGAGGGGAGGAGGCGGUACACCUGUGCAAGACUGAAGGGGAGGAGCCUGUACACCUGUGCAAGACUGAAGGGGAGGAGCCGGUACACCUGUGCAAGACUGGAGGGGAGGAGCCGGUACACAUGUGCAAGACUGAAGGGGAGGAGCCGGUACACCUGUGCAAGACUGAAGGGGAGGAGCCAGUACACCUGUGCUAGACUGAAGAGGAGGAGCCAGUACACCUGUGCAAGACUGAAGAGGAGGAGCAAGUACACCUGUUCAAGCCUGAAGGGGAGGAGCCAGUACACCUGUGCAAUACUGAAUGGGAGGAGCCGGUACACCUGUGCAAGACUGAAGGGGGGGAGACGGUACACCUGUGCAAGACUGAAGGGGAGGAGCCGGUACACCUGUGCAAGACUGAAGGGGGGGAGCCAGUACACCUGUGCAAGA